AUGAUGCCCACACGCAAUGGGAACAGCAGCGCGACGGGCGCCCGUACUCUUUCUGACGACACGCCCGAGGCCGCCGACCGCCUCAGUGCGUUAGCCUCUGCGAAUGAAAGUAUCGGUGUCAUCGGUUCCUUUGACAAGCGCCUCAACCACUCGGUGAUGAGCCUUGGUGCCAAGGUCAAGGAACAAAAGGUUCUGGGCGGUGACCCUCAACCGCGCUUGGCGUCGCUCUAUUUGGUGUCCGGAUUGGGAAAGGAUCCCUUGCAGUGGGCAUUGAGCGACAAGGAUAUGACUUUAGGCGUCCAGCCUAUUGAGGACUCGCUCGGCAUGUUCUGGCGUCCCGACAUGCUUGGUAACACGUUUAGUGGCGAGAAGAGCGACGAGUUCAACAAGAAUGGUAAGCCCGCCGCCCGCAGUAGCAGCGCCGCCCGACGGGACAUCCAGAGCAAGACUGUGCCAGGGGCUGGUCCAGAGGGCGCGUCGCGUCUUGUCGCACGGACAAUGAAGUUUGCCCACCCUCGCGACGUCGAGGUUGUCAACUCGGCCCUAGCCCCGCCCACGACUUGCCACACAUUCUCGUUCAAUGUGUCUCGCCAGAGCACCCUUACCGCCAUCGCUGCACAGGCAUCGCGCGGCAACAAGUUUGGCCUUCCUCCCGAGUCGUACAUGGCCGUCUCGUCUGAGCAGCCGUCCGCCGCCCCUGCUCCUGGUCAGGAGCAUCUCCGCGGCACUACCCAUGGAUCGGACCUCGUUUUCUACGGGGUCACCCUCACCGUUUGGUCUCACGCCGACAAGGAACGCGCCAUCCGCCUCAGCCAGUUCAAGCAACGCUCCCAGCGUCUUCGUAACGAGUCGGCUACGUCGGAGUCGAUCAAGAAGGACGCGUUACGCCGCCGUGGCAAAACCCCUUGGAUACAACCCAAAAAGGGGGUAACCUCUGAUUACACAGCCAGCGAUACGGGUUUCAGCGACUCUGAUUUGGAGACGACAUUUACAUCGACUUACGAUGCCGACUACUCGGCGGAUGGCAUGUCUGCGGCGUAUGGCGAGGCGACAGAUGUCUUCUGGCUUCCUUACGCCCUCACUCUUGUGUCCCGUUACCCCAUCUACGAUGCGAUGCAGGACUACCUUCGCCUGAGUUGGGCACGCUACUCCAAGGACGCUCGUGCACACAUGCGCCAGGUUUUCACCCUGCUAAACAGCGACGCCCCUCGCCCAGGUGACCUGUUUUCCCUGCCCCUUGGUACCUCGGCCGACGAAGAGGUCGCGAUCGAGGCUAUCAUGCCAGGCGCUAUCGACUUUGAGAAGGGCACGACCAAGGUUGACUUCCAGAUGUGGCCCCUCUUCCAGGCACUUGACCUUGACCAUAUCCUGACGUGCGUUGAGGUCGCGCUCACUAGCUCUGGUCGCAUUGUCUUUUGCUCUCGUUACCCUGCCAUGCUCGGUUCUGCUGUAGAGACGCUCAAGUACAUUGUCGAGCUUCGCGGGUGGGAUGGCAUAGCGCUGCAGAACAUUCACCUUCGCGACGUUACCUUCAUGAUCGAGGACCCCGGGCCGUACAUCAUUGGUUUGUCCACCGAGUGCCGAUAUACCGUCUCCCCUCCCAACGAGGUGGUGAUUGUCGACCUCGACCAAAACACCCUCACCUGCAAGUCGCGUCCGGCUAGCAUCUCCACUGGUCAUAAGCGUGAUAAGCAGCGCCACAAGCUGGUGGCUGCAAUGGGAAGUGCAUUCCCUUCUGAGCGCUCUGUUCCUUUCGAGUUCCGCGUCUCCUUCCUCAAAGGCUCAUUCCGGAACAUAAACCGUAUCCACCACGGUCCCACGCGCCCUCGCUACCUCGGAGAGCGCCUCGAGCCGCCUGCCUGGUGGAACCAGUCGUCGGUGGUCGCAGUUUUCGACAAGAUCCUCGCCGACAGGCACAAGAAGCCGACUUUAUUCCAGCGUCUGACGAAGACUGGCAACGCUCGUGUCCAGGAGCAACUCACUGUCAACGAGCAGAUGGCCAAGGCUAUGAUGCGCAAGCGCGCUCUCCACUACGUUGAGAAGCGCGACGACUUCGAGCUCAAGGUCGCGCGCAUCACCCGUCGCCUGCAGAAACUCAUGUUGGAGGGCGAGCAUUGGAAGCAAAAGUUCGAGAUGUUUGAGAAAUAUGCCGAGCGCCUCACCCAGGAGUCCAACGACCUCAAGGGAAAAAUCGACAAGGAGCAGCGCGAGGCACGCCGCUUGUCGAACAUCAACACGGAGCAGACCAAGAUCAACGCCGAGCUGCAGGAAAAGCUUGGCCAAACCGAGGGAGCUCGUGCCGAGGCUAUGCGCCAGCUGUCCGACAUGCACCACUCGAUCCAGGAGCUCGAGCGCGAGCGCAACGAUAUCAUGGACGCAAUCGAGAUGCAGUUGACCACGGCCAUGGAGCGCAUGCCAUGGGGAGACCACAUUGACAAUCAUUCCCUCAAUGGUCUCGAGUCGCCGCCGACGUCGCCCAAGACGGUCGCCUCAGUCUCGACUAUCAAGCGCAAGUCGCGUCCCAACACUCGCGACUCGAUACAGACCGUCGGCACAAUCGACUCGUACGCCCACUCGAAGAAAGCCAUCAGUAUCAUUGGCGCGCUCAACGACGGUCCUGCAAGACGCGGUCUUGGUUCCAUUGUGGACAGUGACCAAGUCAGUAACACGGACCGGCUCGCAUCGCAUAACCGUCUCGAAAGUAUCUCGCAGCGUGUCGCCAUGAUCCAAGCCAAGCUUGAGAUUGCCCUUGCUCCUAUCCGUGACCAGGUCGAGGCCGCUGAACAGGAGGGCGCCGAGACCGAGAAGGACGAGGAGAAAGACCAGGGCUCCCGCCCCGGCACACCCGACACCAUCACGACCGCCAAGCUGCCAACCAUCAACGAGCCCGAAGGAGAGGGCACGCCUCGCAAGGGCGAGCACUCGGACGACCUCGCCGCUCCUGUCACGGACACGGACAACACGGAGGAUGCUGAGCCCUCCAAGCCUCCAGUGCUGCGAGCCUUUGUGCUCCGCCCGCCGCCGCGUCGUGUGGUGCAAAAGCGCAGCUACGAGUCGAUCAAGGCGCCCGACUCGGCCAUUGCCCCGUCACCCGUGAGCACGGCUCAUUCGAUCAGCGAGAUCAUAGUCACUCCAUACGAGAGCAAGGAGAGCCUGCACCACGACAAGGGCCUUGACGUCAAGACCACCAAGGAACGCCCGACAAGCGUCGGCACCAUUGCGUUUGGGACUGCCUAA